AUGGCGGCGUCCCAGGCGAGCCUUCUGCUUCAGAAACAGCUCAAGGAUCUUUGCAAGAACCCAGUAGACGGGUUCUCGGCCGGUCUGGUCGAUGAAAACAAUAUCUUUGAGUGGAGCGUCACGAUUAUCGGACCGCCCGAUACGCUAUAUGAAGGGGGAUUCUUCAAUGCCAUCAUGAGCUUUCCUAAUAAUUAUCCGAACAGCCCUCCGACGGUUAAGUUUACUUCAGAUAUAUGGCAUCCCAACGUCUAUCCUGAUGGCCGUGUUUGCAUAUCAAUUCUUCAUCCUCCUGGUGAGGAUCCAAAUGGUUACGAGCUUGCAAGUGAGCGCUGGACGCCUGUCCAUACGGUUGAAAGCAUAGUUUUGAGUAUAAUAUCAAUGCUAUCCAGUCCGAAUGAUGAAUCUCCUGCAAAUGUUGAAGCUGCGAAGGAGUGGAGAGAUCGGAGAGACGAUUUCAAGAAAAAGGUGAGCCGCUGUGUGAGAAAGUCACAAGAGAUGCUAUGA